AUGCUCGUCGCGGUGCUGCUGCUCGCCCUGCUGGGCUGCGUCGCCCGGUCCGCAAAGGUGUACCGCUACAACGCCGGCGGCCUGAGAGUAGGCGACUACGAGCCAGACCCGAUCAACUUCGUCAAGGGGAAGAACCUCUUCCACCGCGGCCCCCGCAUGUCUGGCCUGGGCGUCGGCACGUCGCAUCGCUGGGCGGGCGACACCGGCUUCGCGUAUGAGUUCCCCACGGGAGAGGGCACGUUCGACAUCGACCUCGUCUUUGCAGAGAUCUUCGAGCCCGCCCAGACCGUUGGGGGACGCGUCUUCAGUGUCGCUGCCGAGGGCGAGAUCCUGCUCGACAACUAUGACGUGUACAAGAAGGUCGGCGCAAACAAGGAGCUCAAGGAGACCCUGAGCAACAUCAAGACCACUGACGGCACGCUCAGCUUGUCCUUUAUUAAGGGCCCUCAGGAGAAUCCUAUGGUUUCCGGCAUUUCUAUCAGGCAGUCAAACGGCGAGGAUUUCGAAAUGGGCGAAGCUGUGACCGGGGAGGGCACCGAUGGCAAGGCACCUGAUAACAUCCCCGACGGAUCCGAUUUCGAUCACCAGGCCCACGCUGUCGCCGGUGGCCCGUACACCGAGACCGAUUUCAACAACGACGGAGAGAUCAUUCUCAAGUUGGACGGCACUCUAUCGCACUCCCAUUAUAACAACCCGGAUACGGGCGAGAGCGGCGUCAUCAAAAAAUAUUCAUGGGCAGUGAAUGGCAAAACUAUCAGUGAAAAGCCCAUUUUCACAGCAAAAUUUCAACUAGGCGUCACCAAGCUCGUGCUCACCGUCACGGAUCAAAAGGGUGACACUGCCACCGCAAACACCGAGGUCCUGGCUCUGCCGUCCAGCGUCGGCGGUGUCUACUGCUAUUACUACGGCGAUACCAACUCCAUCGACCCUAAACUCAAGUCUAACCCCCGUCCAGAGGAGGGCCAUUCGAACAAUGUCAUCGACUUUGACGACGACGAGUUCAAGUUUUCGAGAAAGGAUGCCCCCGCAAAUAUCGGUGGCACAGACGAAUGGGCCGCCCGCUGCUUGACCGACGUCACUGUCCUCACCACCAAGAGAUAUAAGCUCUCCGUCAAGUACCGCGGCGCGGGUGCCGCUAUCUACGUCAAGGGCGUCCUCAAGGCCUCCGGCGGCGCUAGCGACAAGGGCCCGAAGACCAUCACGGCGAACACGGUGCUUACCAUCGGCGCCACCUCGGUCCAGGUCAUCUACUAUCAGAAGGGCUCUCCGAGUUCCCUCCAGUUUUUGAUCGAUGAUGAGAUCGCUCCGCCGAGCGCACUCGGCUUCCAGUCCUCCGACAUCAUCCCUACCAUCUCGCGCACGAGCUCGCCCACCGCCAACCCCGACGGCAACGGCCAGCUCCAGAUCUCGGGCACCGGCUUCUUCAACAACCCUACUGUCAAGAUUGGGAAUCAUAUCGCCAGUUUCUCCGUCGUGUCUGCAACCGAGAUAGUCGUCAACCCCAUUCCGUCUGAGGCGGAGGCUGGUUCUACCGUUGCCCCCAUUACUGUCACGAACAACGCGGGUGUGUCCAACGUGAUGGAGCUCACAUACGAAGAUAAUGGUGGCAAGGGCGUCUCGUGGGAUCAGACCUUCUUGAAGUCCGCUUCGGGCGACAGGCUGAGUGUCAAGCAGAUCACUUCUAUAGCCAUUGGCCCCGAUUCCAAGUACUAUCUGGGUUCCAUACAGGGUUUCGUCACCAAUCUCGACGUCGAUAAAGAUCUCAAGGUUACGUCGCAGUGCGUUGGGGACAAGCUUGGGGACAGUAGAGCGAUUCUUGGUCUUGCGUUCAACUACAAGUCCUCUGCGGUCCGCGUGUAUGUUACCUCCAACACUCUGUACUGGGCUUUUGGUGGUCCUUUCAAGGGCAAGGUAGAUGGAUGGGCAAACGGCGCGGUCGAAACCUUUAUCAGCGGUUGUGGCUGCCUGUGCUACGAAAAGAAGAUUGUUACGGGUCUUCCAGUGUCAAACCACGAUCAUGGGGUGAACGGACUUGUCUUUUUGCCUAAUGGCGAUCUGUUGAUCAACGUGGGCGGUGCGACAAAUGCCGGAGUCAACACUCCUGGUAACAAGCUCGGCGGCUGGCCGGAGAGCCCGCUAUCGGCGGCCGUGGUCAUCGCCAAGCUGUCCAAGGGUAGUUCCUUCAAUGGAAACAUCAAGUAUGAGCAGUACACCGACCCGGAGACAACCAAGCAGACCGCUGGUGACGUGUCGGUGUAUGCGCCAGGCCUCCGAAAUCCGUUUGGGAUUACGCUGUUGACGAACGGGGAGGUUUGGGCCACGGACAAUGGGGGUAACUUUGACUUUGGAGAAGUGAGCAAGGAUUGUACGACAGACAUUCCAUUCAGCGAGAAAAUGUAUGAUGAAAUCAACAAGAUCAUUCCCGGGCUGUACUACGGGCACCCCAACCGAAACCGGGGGGGAAGCCAAUGUGUGUUCCAGGGGGGCUCAGGAAAGGCAGCCACGCUGGUUACAAGUGCGACCACGGGUAUCGCGGAGUAUACCUCCAACGUGUUUGGGAAGGACCUGAAGGGGGAACUGAUUCUGAGCAAAUACCCGGCCUCCGGGUCUGGGCAGGUGUGGCGUAUGAAGGCGGCAGACCAAGCUGAGGAAAUUGCGAUGGCCGACUACUCUGGUUUGUCUGUAGUUGUGGGAAAACACGGGGAACUGAUCAUGCCGCGCGUACAGCAAGGUUUCGUAGCCGUGUUGAAACCGAAGUAUUCCGUGCCAUCGGAACCGAUGGUGAUUGCUGUAUCUCCGAGACGGGGACUGGGCGGGUCGAAGGUGUUUGUCUCGGGAGAAAACUUUGCAGAAGGAAUGUCUGUGAGCUUUGGCGGGAAGGCGGGGACAGACAUUGACGUAGUGAAUUCCAACGGGCUUUACGUGAAGGUACCUAGUGGGUCUGGUAAUGUUGUAGUGCAGGUGACAGUUGGUGGGGCGACGUCGGCCAAUCCGGAGGGAUAUGACUUUAUUUACGCUUAGGUUUGGGAGAGUAGACGGAGAGUGCGAUGUAACUUUUUUUUCACGGGAGAGGCAGGCGGAGAGGGCUGUUCGAAGGUUUAUAGCGAGGUGCUGUGUUCCGCUGCACCUUGAAGGUAGGCUUGCCCUCGGGUGGGAAUGCCACCGGGGCACAUUUAGAUGACAUACACAUAUUAAAGAAACAAAAUAUGAAAA